UGGAAAUGUUUCGGGAAACUUGCCUACCGCUUGCGAUCAGAAUAAUUCGUACAAUAAUUAUUUGCGCUUUAUUCUUCAGUGGCACAUAUUUAUUGAUAACGCUAUCACCUCCCGGGAAAAAUAAUGCAGAAUUUAUUGCGUCGGAAUCUAACAUUUUUCAGCAAUUAGUUAAGCCGGACAAUGACCGGAUCAAGUUUUUUGACACUGUUCCCUCGAUAUCGUCCGACGGAAAAAUAUUGUGUGCAACAUUUCCGCCAACUUUAAUCGGUUGGCAGAAUAUGGCACCAUUAAUAUUUCCCGCACCGGAAGGACACAUUUCCUUCAUGAAUCCCCGUGUACGUUCCGGUGGGCAGUGCAAACCGGAAGACUGCCAAGCCAAACAGAAAGUGGCCAUUAUUGUGCCUUAUCGCAAUCGCACGGACCACCUGUUUAUCUUUCUGCGGAAUAUACAUCCAUUUUUACAACGCCAGCAACAAGAUUACAGAAUAUUCGUCGUAGAACAAAGCGGCCAGUUGCCAUUUAACCGAGGGAAGUUGUUGAAUGCUGGUUUCGUUGAAGCAUGUAAACCCUCGGCGUUUGACUGCGUCGUAUUCCAUGAUAUUGAUAGUCUACCGGAAAAUGACCACAAUUUUUAUACCUGCACGCAGCAGCCGACGUUGUUAGCGGUGGCGGUUAGCAAGGAGAACUACAAACUGAAACACUGGAAUUUCUUCAGCACUGCGAUAUCUAUCAAACAGGAGCAGUUUUCCGCUGUCAACGGAUACCCAAAUCUAUAUUGGGGGUGGGGUUCGGAAGAUGAUGACCUUUCGGAACGUGUUCGCCACCGGUACGGCCGCAUACUCCGCCGACCGAAGGAUAUCGGCCGUUACACGUCGGUGCAGCACAACGCUGACACGCUGAAUCCGAAGAACGCGCUGAACUACCACAUGGCGAAGAGUGCACUGCUGCGCGCCGGCGAAGAUGGUCUGAACAGUCUCCGUUAUCGCGUUCUAAGGAAAGAGGAACGGCCGUUGUAUACGUGGAUUCUCGUGGAUAUCGGGCAGCCACCACGACUGGUCCGUGUGGACGAAAAUAUUUUGGGAUAUCUCAAAGAGUGACCUUGGUAGCGAAACUGAACUGAAACACCUCACUGAAAAUGACAAAUUAAUCACAAA